GAUUCAACCCCAACCCUGAGCUCCGGACAGGUUCCCAACUCGACGACGAGCAGCACUUCAACUUGGCAACCUGCCCCCUCGCUGGGCAACUGGUCACUGGGAAGGCUCAGCGAUGGCGAGUCCCAUCGAAUAUCUCAUCCACCCUAACCAUCCGCCGCCGUCAGCGCCGCCUUCGAAGCCGGCUAUUGAGAUCGGUCAGAAGAUCACGGCGCCGGUCCGCUCGGCAGCUCUGUACCCCGGUCUCUCGGUGCCAUUCAACGGAUCCGAAGGCCGGGCCCCGGCUCCGCCUCCUCUUGCACGAUCCAACUCCGGUUCGGAGCACGGGGCUGCCCCAACGGCAACCGGAAACCAUUCCAAGACGCAAUCUCUGUACCAGUGUGCCGACUGCCUGCGCCGUUACUCUCGCCCUGAACAUCUCCAGAGACAUAUUGCCGCACACACCCUUGGAAAGCGCUUCACUUGUGAUAUCUGCUCCAAAGGUUUCGCUCGAGCCGAUCUUCUGAAACGCCACCGCGCCAACCACCAGGACGACAAUGGCCCAAAGCGCAGGCGCUUCAAUAUCGCGCCCUCCGCCAGCCGCGUGGCACAUGCUUGCCAGGCCUGUGCGAAAGCCAGGGUGAAAUGCGAAGAGAUCAAACCAUGUACACGCUGCAAGAACCGCGGGCUGGCCUGCGAGGUCUCUUCGUCAGAAGACGCAGCCGCGUGCCUUGUCCAUCUCUCUGCGAAUAUCAAUAACCACAUGGGCAACCAUGAGUCCACCCCUGACUCCUGCUACGCCUCCUCGCUCACCGUUGGACAGCCGCAGUACCAUGCCUCGGUAGGCUCAGCACCGUCCUCGUUUCACCAGUCCGCUAGUCCCGAAGAAAGCAAGGAAGGCAUUGUCACUCCGGCCAACCUUCCUUAUCCGGACGACGGCCAGCUCGCGACCCCGGAUACUUCGAAUCAGAGUAUUCCGGAUUAUUUUCAGUCAUAUGCGCCAAGCGGGGAGGGCUACGCUAGUGAAGAGCAUGUGAGACCCCCCUUUCCCGACUUCCUGGGGAACGUCCUAUACAACCAACCACUAGACAACCCGCCCAGUGCGCAAGGGACGACUAUGCAGCAGCCGAUGCUAGACUUCUACGAUGACGCGAAUCUGGACUUCAAGGAGUUCGAUUUCGGCCUCUUGGACCACUGGACCUUCGAUGCAACCCGGACCGCGGAAGACCAGACAGCCGGCACAGAAGACUCCACCGGCAUAACAGCGAUGCGGUCGACAUUGGCCAAGAUCUGGACUGACUCCCCGUGGAGGUGGUCGCCGCAGAAAACCGAUAGCUGCUUUUCCGAGCAGUCUCACUUGCCUCUGCCCUCUCCUUCCAGGGCUGCGCACGAUGCCCGUCCCCCCGACCACAUAAAUGCAAUAAAUCGGGUAACCCAGGACAGGCUACAAGGCUCUUGCCGGGACAAAAUCCUCGCCAUUGUCUUGGGCACCUGCCGCGAAAGCCGCAUGGCAAGCCGGGUGGCGUCUUCGUUCCCCUCGGUCGAGACAAUGGACUCCUGGAUUAACAUCUUCCUAGCCGCCCACCUAUGCCAGGUCUCUUCGUGGGCCCACUACGGUUCGUUCUCACUGAACAGCCAGUGUCCGGAGUGGCUCGCUAUGGCCGCGGCUGCUGGUGCCGUCUUAACCCCAGCUCCUCCAUUCCGCCGAUUCGGUUAUGCCUUGCAGGAGGCGAUCCGCGUUGCAAUACCCGAGAAGUUCGAUGAGAACAACAAAAAUAUUACCGAACUCGACAAAGUCCAGGCAUUGGUGCUAGUGCAGGACGUUGGGCUCUGGAGUGGCAACCGGCGGAAAAUGGAAAUUGCCGAGUGUCACCUGUCGAUACCUAUAGCGAUGAUGCGUUAUAGGGGCAAAUUCGGGGCGUCAGCCUACCCGGACAUCACCGUGUAUCCGUCAGACGAGGGCAGAGUUUUAGAGGAAAAGUGGAAGAGGUGGUAUCAACUUGAGUCUUGGAAGAGACUCGUCUUCCACGCAUAUCUGCGGGACGCCCAAGUCUCAAUGAUACAAUGCAACAAUCCUUCCAUGUCCUACGCAGAGCUCACCCUCCCGCUUCCCUGCUCCAAAGAGCUGUGGUUCGCUCGAAGUGCUGAAGAGUUCAAAAUCCGUUACCUCGAAUCCGGCACGCACGGCGGCGGCAAACGGCUCCCGACCCUCGGCGACCUCUUCCGCAACAUCAAUGCCCUCUCAGAAAACCACCACCGCCUUGACGUCCAGUUCGGCGUCUCCAUCUACCUCCACGGCUUCUGGUCUCAGAUCUGGGAGUACCGCCAGCUCUCUUCCGUCUAUUCCCCCUCCUCGUUCACGACUCCCACCGCGGACAACAAUACAACACCGACAGCAAUGGCCAUCCUCCUCGACCACCGCCGCACCGACUUGCAGAGCCAGCUCAAAUCCUUCCAAGCCGUAGCCCAAGGCUGGCACGAGAUGUUGUCAGCCCGCGAAAGCAUGCUGCUGCACCUGCUGUUGCUCAACCUGCACGUCUCCAUUGUCGACCUGCAGCUCUUCUUGGGGAAGGAGGGCGAAGACCAGGCUCGCCGCGUCUAUCCAGCCCUGCAGCGCUGGGCCGCGACCCCAGAGGCGCGCCAGGCGCUGUGGCAUGCCGCACAGGUGUUCCGACAGGGUCGAAUGUUCCCGCGCGGGCAUCUGAAGGAUUUUUGGAGCGUCGCGGUCUCUCAUGCCAGUCUGUGCGUGUGGACUUAUGGGGUGGUUGUCAGGGCGUCGAGACGGAACAACGGCGUUCACCAGGGGCAGCAGAUAUACUCCCAGCAGGAGCAGCAAGUUGUGUGCUUGGAUGGGGAGGAAUCAGAGGAGUCGAGUGCGGUGAUACAAGGGUGGAUCCUGUAUGGGCAGGGACGGCCGGCCAUUCGAGGCGUGCUUCUCGAGCAUGGUGAUCAUGGUGAUCAUCACCAACAAGCGGACGGAAGAGUGGUGGAGUGCUUGCUCGAAGACCCCGCCGGAUGCAUGGCAGUUGCGCAGGAGAUUCUGCGGGCGAACUUUGUGGGCGUGUGGGAGAGCCUGCCGCCACUGAGUGAGAAUGUCAUACUGGUGCUGAAGCAGUUGGAGAAGGCAGCGUGGGCGGUGGGGUUAGGCUGAGGUUUUGGCGUCGGGGGUCGGAGAUGGGUGAUGUUUUGGACUCUUCCAGGUUGCGAUUGUGGCGAUACAUUGGGUGUCCA